AUGUUAAACAGGGCAAGUAUAUAUAUAUCAUUUCCAAAUCACAGCUCCCAUUUGGUGAAACGAUUGGUAACUAGGCCAUAUACAAUUUCCAUUGAAAAUCCUAGACUGCCGCAACCAUCAAAACCAAAGAUUUCACAAUUUAGUCAUGCAAUUUUCAACACAUUGGUGAUGGCGCUAGGAACAUACUUAUUCUUAAACACCGUAUGGACCAAUUCAGAGUACUAUGAGUUGGAGAAAAAGUUUAAGCAACAAUCAACAGAAUUGGAACAAGAAAUACAAACACUUGUAGAUUUGAAAAAUAAUGAAUUGCAACACCAACAGCAGCAACAACAACAACAGACUCAAAGAUGGUUCAGAUUUUUAAAGUUUUGGAAAUAA